AUGUAUAAAACCCCAUCAGGCUACAUGUAUAAAACCCCAUCAGGCUACAUGUAUAAAACCCCAUCAGGCUACAUGUAUAAAACCCCAUCAGGCUACAUGUAUAAAACCCCAUCAGGCUACAUGUAUAAAACCCCAUCAGACUACACGUACACACCCCCAUCAGGCUACAUGUAUAACACCCCAUCAGGCUACACGUAUAAAACCCCAUCAGGCUACAUGUAUAAAACCCCAUCAGGCUACAUGUAUAAAACCCCAUCAGGCUACAUGUAUAAAACCUCAUCAGGCUACACGAAUAAAACCCCAUCAGGCUACAUGUACACACCCCCAUCAGGCUACAUGUAUAAAACCCCAUCAGGCUACACGUAUAAAACCCCAUCAGGCUACACGUAUAAAACCCCAUCAGGCUACACGUAUAAAACCCCAUCAGGCUACACGUACAAAACCCCAUCAGGCUACAUGUAUAAAACCCCAUCAGGCUACAUGUAUAAAACCCCAUCAGGCUACACGUACACACCCCCAUCAGGCUACAUAUAUAAAACCCCAUCAGGCUACAUGUAUAAAACCCCAUCAGGCUACACGUACACACCCCCAUCAGGCUACAUGUAUAAAACCCCAUCAGACUACAUGUCCACACCCCCAUCAGGCUACAUAUAUAAAACCCCAUCAGGCUACACGUAUAAAACCCCAUCAGGCUACAUGUAUAAAACCCCAUCAGGCUACUCGUAUAAAACCCCAUCAGGCUACAUGUAUAACACCCCAUCAGGCUACAUGUAUAACACCCCACCAGGCUACAUGUAUAAAACCCCAUCAGGCUACACGUAUACAACCCCAUCAGGCUACACGAAUAAAACCCCAUCAGGCUACAUGUACACACCCCCAUCAGGCUACAUGUAUAAAACCCCAUCAGGCUACACGUAUAAAACCCCAUCAGGCUACACGUAUAAAACCCCAUCAGGCUACACGUAUAAAACCCCAUCAGGCUACACGUACAAAACCCCAUCAGGCUACAUGUAUAAAACCCCAUCAGGCUACAUGUAUAAAACCCCAUCAGGCUACACGUACACACCCCCAUCAGGCUACAUAUAUAAAACCCCAUCAGGCUACAUGUAUAAAACCCCAUCAGGCUACACGUACACACCCCCAUCAGGCUACAUGUAUAAAACCCCAUCAGACUACAUGUCCACACCCCCAUCAGGCUACAUAUAUAAAACCCCAUCAGGCUACACGUAUAAAACCCCAUCAGGCUACAUGUAUAAAACCCCAUCAGGCUACUCGUAUAAAACCCCAUCAGGCUACAUGUAUAACACCCCAUCAGGCUACAUGUAUAACACCCCACCAGGCUACAUGUAUAAAACCCCAUCAGGCUACAUGUAUAAAACCCCAUCAGGCUACACGUAUACAACCCCAUCAGGCUACACGUAUAAAACCCCAUCAGGCUACACGUAUAAAACCCCAUCAGGCUACAUGUAUACAACCCCAUCAGGCUACACGUAUACAACCCCAUCAGGCUACACGUACACACCCCCAUCUAUCUACAUGUAUAAAAUCCCAUCAGGCUACAUGUAUAAAACCCCAUCAGGCUACACGUAUACAACCCCAUCAGGCUACAUGUAUAAAACCCCAUCAGGCUACACGUAUAAAACCCCAUCAGGCUACAUGUAUAAAACCCCAUCAGGCUACAUGUAUAAAACCCCAUCAAGCUACACGUACACACCCCCAUCAGGCUACAUGUAUAAAACCCCAUCAAGCUACACGUACACACCCCCAUCAGGCUACAUGUAUAAAAAUCCCAUCAGGCUACAUGCCCCUGUUCGAUUUAAUCAACUGUUGUUACUUCGAAGUUGUCUGGGUCUUACCUGA